AUGAGGAUGGACGACACUCGCAACGGGCAUCGUACCAGGAUGCGGCCAGCCACAGCGGACGCCCUCGUCUUUCCCAGGAGUGCCACAACGUCGCCGACGCGGCAAGGCACGACCUGGACGCUCGGGUUCGGGCUAUCCCCGCUCCUCGACAGCUCCACCUCUGUCAUCACGGGAGGGCGACUCGACCUGGGUGAUGAAGGUGGCGAGGGCCACGGCGAGGAGGACAUCAAUGCCGUGGGCCUCACGGGAGCAAGAUCCGCGCUCGGCCUUGUCCCCGUCGAGUUCCCAUCGUCCGUGGCACAAGCUCUACUCGCGGCCAACCAUAACGGACACCGCUGUCUCUCCACGGAGUGCCACACCGUUGCCGACGCGGUGGGGCACGGCUGCACGGCCGGGGCGCUCGGGCUCCGCCCCUUCCUCGGCACACCCGCCCGCUUCCUCGUGGGCUCCAUCUCGGGCGCGACUGGUCUCCGAGGCAGAGUCAUGGUCGGCGCGCUCGACAUGGGAGAUGGAGACGGCGAGGGCGAGGAGGACGUCACGGAGGAGCUCAGGUUUCAGGAUGCUCAUCGACAUAUACAGGCCGUUCUCCACUUGAUUUAUGUCAGGAGUCGAAUCAAAACUGUGGUUCACUGUUCACAUUGGGUCUUCUAUCUGCUGGUAAAAGAACUCAGAGUAUGCUCGACGCGAUCGGACACAUCGAUCCAACGGCGCCGGUGUACCAUUGGAAAAUCAAUAGGUGUGAUGCUGUAUUGCGGGAAGUCGUGGGAGAAAAUCUUUACAAGGAAGUGAUCGUCGCAUCGCCAAGGGAGGACGAAGGCGAUUUUGGCUGCAUCGUCAUCUGUGGGAAUGAAGUUCUUCACGGAGUUGCCAACUUCAUGGAAAAUAAGAAGCGGGGCAUGAAGUUGUAGUCUCACAAGUCACAAGGUCACUGGAUAGCCAUUUCAUAUCAUCAUUGCGGGAAGUCAAAGAGAAGUUCAUAAUGAUAUGACAUUAAGCAAUUUAUAUGGAAAUUGUUUCUGCUGCCUUCCAAAACAAUUUAUUGCAAGAUGUGAAAAUGAAACCAUCUUUAACGCAGUACAAACAUGUAGUUUAUUUUGUUUUCCAAAAGUUUGAUCAUAUUGGAUUGGAUGCUCCUAUUCUUUUUGUGUGUGCUUCCUAAUGGCUAAUCCUUAA